AUGACGACCACCUCGAUGAUUCAACCAAAGUUCCUUUCGAAAGGUGACCAGCUCGGCGUGGUCGCCGUCGGUUUCUCUGGGGGACAAUGCAAACCUGGAGUCGACGCCGCGCCCUCGGCUCUGAUUGAGAGUGGCCUUUUGACCCAGCUCAAGGAAGAACUGGGCUACAAACUCUUUCACGAUGAUACUGUCCACUCCUACAAGGACCUGCUCCCUGCCUCCGAUCCGGACUACCGCGGAAUGAAGAACCCACUCGCAGUAUCUGCUGUUACUCGCAAGCUUUCGGAACAAGUGUAUUCCCAUGCGAAGGAAGGCCGAAUGGUUCUUACACUCGGAGGUGACCACAGUAUUGCCAUUGGCACAAUUGCGGGAACUGCAAAGGCUAUUCGAGAACGCUUGAAUCGCGAGAUGGCCGUAGUCUGGGUAGAUGCGCAUACGGAUAUCAAUACUCCAGAGACAAGUGAUAGCGGAAACGUUCACGGGAUGCCGGUUGCGUUCUUGACUGGCCUUGCCACAGACGAGCGGGAGGACGUCUUUGGAUGGUUGAGGAAGGAAAACAUGAUCAGCGUCAAGAAGUUGGUUUACAUUGGUCUACGCGAUGUUGACCGGGGCGAGAAGCUUAUUUUGAGAGAGAAUGGCAUCAAAGCAUUCAGCAUGCAUGACAUCGACAGACACGGCAUCGGCAAAGUCAUGGAAAUGGCCUUAGCUCAUAUUGGCAAUGACACACCCAUCCAUUUGUCUUUCGAUGUCGAUGCACUGGACCCAAUGUGGGCUCCUAGCACCGGGACACCCGUUCGCGGAGGACUCACUUUGAGAGAAGGGGACUUUAUCGCCGAGUGCGUUCACGAGACCGGUUGCUUGGUUGCCAUGGAUCUGGUCGAGGUCAACCCUACGCUGGAGCCAGGUGUUGACGAUAUUGGAGCCCAUAUGACCGUCAGAUCUGGCUGUUCGCUGGUCAGAUGCGCAUUGGGCGAGUCUCUUCUGUAA